GUGGGUGUGUGUGUGUGUAUGUGUGUUAUGGUGGCUUCUGUGUUUCCCGGCACACAAAGACUGUUUCUUUGUUUAAUGGAUACUAAGGCAGAGAUUUGAAGAAAGCCGUACUCUAUUAAAUGUUUGCUUUGCAGGUAGGAACAUCACCACUAAAUAAACACAUUUUGGACUAGCCUAUUCAUUUUCAAGUAACAUUUACAUGCAAUGACACCUUUUUUCUGUAGGUUAUAAGAAUGCUAGUUUUGUUUCUUUGUAAUCUUAAUUUGCUAAUUUGUCUUAUUCUGGUAACUGAUGACAUGAAUGUUUUGGCUAAACCAUUUCGCUGCGACAGUAAUUGAUAACAAGGGACAGGUGCGGCAGGUGGUUUAGGUUGGUGAGCAGGGAGCUUAUGUUUUCAGGUGAGAGCUGUGUAGAAUUCCAGCUGACAAGGAGAUGCAGUUCACCGGCAGAAGGGGACUUUUAAGUUGAAGCUUUUUAUCUGUCUGCAUUAGCAUAAAUGGCUAACAACACUCUAUCUCUACCAGUAUGACACAAUGUUUUGACCCUCAUAUAAAACACCUAAACUCAUAACACACAUAAACCCAUAUUUUGAAAUACUUAGUACUUUUUAGACUCUGUUAAUUUGUUGAAUGAUGUUUCCUUGCUAACAAACAAACACAUACCUGACAAAUCUGAGUACCAUGCAUUUCUGAAAACUUCAGGAGCCAUUAUUUAUUUGUACAAUACCCUACCCUUAAAAACAUUUGGUGGAUGGGGUAUCGGUAACUUCAUAGAGGAAUAUAGGUGGACUAGAACAACAUGAAUGGUCACCUAUAUUAUUAAAGCCUAUCGCGAUCACUUGCAAAGGACCAAGCCAGAUCGCUCCCAUGCCAGCCAGGGACCUCUGUCCUCCAUACGAGCAGCGAUCAAACGAUCGAGAACCAACUCUCCGAUUGACCACAGUAGAGAGAGAAGGCGACCAGAGAUCACCAUCCUCUCUGCAGAGCCUCUAGCCAAUAGCAGUUGGUUCCCAGGGGCCUCUGGUAUCUUCAAUUCCCCCCCAGCACCUCCCCCUCCUCCUCCGGCCCCCGAGUCAAGCUGGCCAGGAAGCGUCCAGGCAGACCCCCAGCCACCGCCUUCUUAUGAUCAGGUGAUCAAAGAGAAAACCCAGGAAGAGCACGUCUCCAGGCCGACCGCCGCCCCCCGCAGGUUGGCCUGCACCAGCACCAGUGCCACCCAGACGGACCCUGUGAGGGAGGACUCUUCAGCUAGUCCACGGCUCAGUCCAGCCAGUGAGACGGGAAGAAAACCCAACGUUAAAAAGCCACAAAAACCACCGAGGCCAUCAUUGCUGAAGACUCAGUGCAGGGAACCUACUAUUGUAAAAUCAGAACCAACAAACAUACAGUGCACAAAUGUUUCCAUUGGCACAGAGAACCAAAAUGAUUCAAAAUCAUGCAUAGAAAAACGCAAUACAAAGGAAUCUAAACACGCAUGCUCAAGAUCGGUCACUGUGCAAUGGGAUGGUUCUGCAAAAGAUUUGAUUCAACAUAUUAAGGUUCCUGUAAACUCACAAUCCCCCCCUGCCGACUUUAGCACACCAUCCUCAGAACCAGAGCCUGUCGAAUGUCCAAUUCCGCUUCCAAGAUUGAAGAAAUAUCAUAGGAAACCUUUGACAGAAGAGGUUAGUGUUUCAGUUCAGACUCUGGUCAGCCUCAGUGAUAAUGUGGACGACAAUCAAGUGAACUCCAGCAACAACCAGGAAGAGUUGUCCUCGAACAAGUACAUCGAACAACUUCUGGAGGUGUUUGGUGCAGACAACAGUUCCCUUGAAAACGACAAAGCAUCAGAGUCCAACUCCACAGAACAGAGUACAGAGGCUGAUGACAAGAUGAGCGCUAUGCACAGCCAACGGGAAGUCAGUGCCCGGAUCGCGGCUUUUGAGACCAAGCCGAGCACCGAAGAGGAAACGGCAGCACAGAGACCGAAGCCUCUCCCUAGGAAUGCCUCAAUCAAACCUCCAGUCUCGUCUAAACCCUCCAUAGCCUCCAGAGCUUCGUUUAAACAUAGUGGGGAAAACAACAACAACAACAACGUAAUGCCCCCAAAACCUUUGGUGGCACCAAGGCCUCAAAAGCCAUCGCCGGCCCCUCGGCCUCAACAUGCACUGCAACCCGGAGGCUACCCCUCUAUAGGAGGUCCCCAAGACAUGAUGCCCAGCAAGGGGCCUGUCCUCCCCUCAUCUCGCCUCUCCAUCAAGGCCAAAGUGAAGGGCCUUGAACAACAGCUACAACAGGAGAACCGUGUCCUGACCCCUCCAGUGCCUGGGGAAAAACCCUUUAAAGAACCUCUUCUACCCAACCUCAACCUCAACAACCAUAACUCCACCUUCAUGGCCACAGAGGAUCAGGAUUAUGACAGCUCAUCGAACUUUAUAGGUCAUCUCCAAGAAACGAUGUCCAGCAGGGUGGCUGUUCUCCCCACAUCCCGCCCUACACCUCCAGUGCCUCCCAACAAGCCCGAUAAAGAACCUCCAGGGCCUAACCUCAACCAUGACUCUGAAGGCGAGUACGACAGACAAUCGAAUUUCAUUGGAGAGCUCCAAGCAACGAUUGCCGGCAAAGUGCCUGUCCUCCCGCCAUUCCACUCCUCCACCAUGGCCAAAGUGGAGAGUCAAGAACCACAGCAGGAGAACUAUGCCCCGGCCCCUCCAGUAAAACCCUCCAAAGAACCUCUAGUAACCAACUUCAACAACUAUAACUCAGAGGAUCAGUAUUAUGACCGAUCGAACUCCAUAGGUGAUCUCCAAGAAACGAUUGCCAGCAAAGUGCCUGUCCUUCCGCCAUCCCGCCCCUCCAUCAUGGCCAAAGUGAAGAGUCUGGAACCACAGCAGGAGAACUAUGCCCCGGCCCCUCCAGUAAAACCCUUUCAAGAACCUCUAGUACCCAACUUCAACAACAAUAAUUUCCCCUUGAUGGCCACAGAGGAUCAGUAUUAUAACAGAUUUAACUCCAUAGGGGAUCUCCAAGGAACGAUGCCCAGCAGGGUGGCUGUUCUCCCCACAUCCCGCCCGAGCCCUCCAGUGCCUCCCACCAAGGUCUUUAGAGAGCCUCCAGGGCCUAACCUCCACCAUGACUCUGCCUUGAUGGCUGCAGGGGACGAGUACAACAGACCAUCGAAUCGUGCCCCAUUUCAGCAUCAGCAAAGCCUGGACAGUGGUUUUUCGGGCUACCAAAACAAACAAAGUAUUACAAGGAGACCAACCACCAUUCGGCCGAACAGCAUGACCAGUAGAACUCUCUCUUCAGACACUCCUCCUUCACUUCCGAGCCAAAAGCCUGUUGGAUCAAUGCAACGCCAAGAGUCAUUCUACAAAGGGCAAGAACCGAACCUGCCACCUCGGCCCGGUGGGGGUAAGGUCCUUCCGCCCCGCCCUCCCCCAGCCAAGGUGGGUCCCGCUCGGCCGCCUCAACCCGGCCACAGCGCCCCGGGUAGAGCCUCUCUCGGACCGGCCUCUCAGCGGGGUGCGCAGAGUGCCGCUCCGGUGCAGAGGCCGGGUAGGAGAGGGCCCGCAUUGCCCCCUAGGCCCCACCCUGGCCACCGUCUCUACAACCAGUACACACUUGAACUUCCUCAUGGUAUUGCUGUUUGUAACUACAACGGGCCUAACACGGAGGAGCUCUCAUUUCAGAAAAACGAUGUGCUUCUGCUCCUUGAGGAGAUGGACCAGAGGACGGUAAUGUGUCAGGUAGGCGAGGGUAAAGGUCUGGUCCAGAGAUGCCACAUGAAGGUCAUCACCCCCCUGGCUCCAAAGGAGGCACCUCAGAUCCCUAACCAAGCCAGUAGUUCGGAAGGUGGUGGACUACAAGUGCAGGCAAUACAUGACUUUGACCCAGCUGGUCCGGAGGAGCUGGGCCUGAGGGCCGGGGAUGUGGCCAUCAUGGUGGAACAGGUGGAUAACGACUGGUACAAGGGAACGUGUAGAGGGAAUACUGGCCUCUUCCCCGUCAACUAUGUCAACGUGCUUUCAAAUUCCCCGCUACCUUCUCGUGAGAAGAAGAAACCUUCAGCCACUGUCAGUGGCCCGAGGUGUGUGGCGAGAUUUGACUUUGAGGGGGAGGGGGGGACCGAGCUGACCUUCUCUGAGGGGGACGUGAUCAGUCUAAUGGAGUACUUGGGAGACGAGUGGGCCAAGGGACAGCUGGGCGCCUACACUGGAAUCUAUCCUCUCAACUUUGUGGAGGUUGUUGAGGAUCUGCCUCUACCUCCGAUGACCCAGCAACAGCCCCAGACAAGAAUAGCGUUGCCUGGACUGGCUGCUCAUCCAAAUAUUCAACCUGAGGCUGUCAAACCAAUCCAGGCCCCUCAGCCUUCAGGACCAGAAUGGGUGGUGGCUCUCUAUGACUUCAAUGGGCAGACGGGGGAGGACCUGUCCUUCAAGCAGGGGGACCGCAUCCUGAUCACAAAGCACCUGGACACCGUGUGGUGGUCUGGCAGACUCAAUGGACAUGAGGGGAUCUUCCCAAGCGCCUUUGUGGGGGGCAGCCCAGGCCAGUCCCUGCAUAACAAACCGCAGAGUAGCGAGGCUGAAGGAAGCAAGGCCAAGGCUCUGUUCCGGUUCACAGCCGAAAGUCCGGAGGAGCUCUCCCUACAGGCAGGGGACAUCAUAACCAAUCUUGAAUCCGUUGAUGACGAGUGGUUCUUGGGUGAACUGAGAGGAAAAAGGGCACUUGUCCCUAAAAACUAUGUUCAAGUAUUGGGAUAAUGCUAAUGUCAGAAAAUAUGAAACCUGCAAGUUAUCAACAAUUUUUUUCACAUGGGAAACCUAGUGACUUUCAAAUUGGAAUGAAGUGUUAUGGUAUUGUCAAGAUUGUAUAUACAAUUGUUUAAUAAAUUGUCUUAUAUUGUAGUUAUACUUUCAUUUGAUUUUUUUUUGAUAGAUUCCAAAUUAUUCCAUUGACUGAGGUAGUCAUUUUAUCAUGAGGUGAAAUAUUGGCAAGCUAUUUGAAUCAUGAGCAUAAUUUUGGCCAAAGAUAUCCAACGCUGCUGAUUGGUUGUCAUAGACCAGUGCCUUAAAUUCCAUCACCAUUUGCCCAAGUCAGCCAUUUCUAGGCAUUUGAAGGUAAAUACAAGUUUAACCUUAAACCAGGUGGGUGAUCAGCUGUUAGCAGUUUUGAAAAUUGGCCUCUUCCGACGUCGCAAACGUUGCACAUCUCUAUCCGUCAAAUCCAGGAGGACACGACCACUUGUGGCGUCGGAGGCAGAUUUGAAACUUAGUAUUUCUCCUUAAAUAUAGUAAGCAUAAUUGCCUGUCAUUUUGGCAAAAGAAACACUGCAGAUCAGCUGCAUAAGCCAGUGCCUUUACAUUCCAUGACCAACGUCUGCCCAAGUCAGCAGUUCUGUCCUAGGCAUAUGACGCUCAAUACAAGAUGAAACUUAAAAUACAACUGCAUUUAUGCUAUGAGGCCAACGAUGUUAAUUUGGGCCUUCUUGAGGACCCGACAUGUCCCAAUGCGUUAUGUGCACACAAAUCCAAGUUCUCUCUACACAAACUAACUACAGCAUGUACAAAAUAAAGGCU